AUUAAAAAAAAAAAAAGGGAGCUCUCGCUCCUUCCCGCCGCCAUCGCGCUGUGUGCGCUUACCUCUUCCCCGCCAUGUCUUCUCACAAGACUUUCAGGAUCAAGCGAUUCCUAGCCAAGAAACAAAAACAGAACCGUCCCAUUCCCCAGUGGAUUCGGAUGAAAACUGGUAAUAAAAUCAGGUACAAUUCCAAGAGGAGACACUGGAGAAGAACCAAGCUGGGUCUGUAAGGAAUCGCACGGAGAUGGCGCGCAUAUUUAUGCUGUAUUGAGAUCAGUAGCAUCUACCAUGUCAGUAAAAACAUCACUGCUUUGUGGACUUGUGUUCUCUUGGUACACCUCUGUACCUGGCUCUGUAAUAAAUAUGUGAGCUGUUUAAAAAAAAAAAAAAAAAG